AUGUCAACAGACGAAAUUAUUUCAAUGAAGAAACGGCCAAAUACAAAAACUCAGGAUUUGGGGCCUUUAAAUAUUUCUUUGGAAAAUGUGCUUUCUUAUGAUAUUGAAAUUGAGACGGGGAGUGGAAAUAAAAGGAGGGGAAGGAAAGUUACUUUGUAUGGAGUGCCUCUAUUUCUGGUAGAAGCCUUCACAUGGCUUGAAAACAAAAAUGCGUUUACUAUGGAAGGAAUAUUUCGAAAAGAAGGAAGUGCUGUCAGAAUGAGAAAUCCUUGGCAAAUAUUUUGCGGACUUUCACGAAUUCCUGAUACUUAUACAGUCCACGAUGUUUGCACCUUAAUUAAACGAUUUUUUGGGGCUUUGAAGAGACCAAUCCUUGGAGAUCAUCAAGCUAAUAUUAUGAGUAAUGUGAGUACUUUGAACAAUGAACGUGUACAGGCUGAAUCGGUUUUAAUGUUGAUAGAUCUCCUUCCGCUUACCAACCAGGCAACACUGUGCUAUUUGAUGAGACAACUUAAAAAGGUCUCCGAUCUUUCCUCAACAAAUCAAAUGUCCAUUGCAAACUUGGGUAUAGUCUUUGCCCCAGCAAUAUUUGUAGAUCCAAUAGAAAUGCGCCCGUCUGCCUCUAUUUGGGGUACUGGAAGUUCUUGUUGUUUAAGUAGCAGUACAAGCAGUGUGACAGCUAAUGGAGAUUCGUCUAGAUGCCGUCCAUUGGCUAACAUUGCAAAUUGUAGGAAAAAGAAGUUUACGGGUUCUCAGGAAAGCUUAAGAGAAAUUGAUUUUGUAAAGCGCAGAAAAGGCUUGCAGGCUUCUGUUGUGUCUUUACUUAUUCAAUAUGCUAAUUAUUUGUGUAUUCCUCGAAUAAUGCCACCAGUUAAUCGUGGUUUUCUUCAUCGUAAAAGUUCUGAUUGUUCUUCAUUUUUAAUUCAACAACAACAAUUAUUGCAAAAAAAUGUUCAAAAAGAGCAACAACAAAAACAAUCGACAAGUAACCAAAAUAAUAAUGAAAGACAAAGUCGAGGAUUAACUAGGGGAAAUAAUAGCAAGGAAAGUCGUAAAAUAUGGCCUAGAAGCGCUUCUGAAAAUCCAUUUCAACGAACCCGUGCUUUCUUCGGAAUUCCUUUUGGAAAGAAUGGUUCAUUUGUUCCGCGUGACAAAGCUCCAACAACUCCAAAGGUUCAUCAAAACCGUCUUCCAAUACAUUUUUGUUCUCCAGAAAUGAAUUUGCAACAAAAACAGCCAGCAUCUGUUCAAUUUUUGUCGCCGACUUCUGCUUCAAUGAAAUAAAAAAAAUUUUUUUAAGGAAGGGUAUAUUUUAGGAGAAAUGAUGAAACAUGAAAAUUAAUAUUCACUUAAAAAAGAAAAAAUAAUAAUAAAUUUACUGCCAAAACCUCUCUAUAUUCACUUAAUUUCUUUUUGCUUUAAUUUGAGGUAUAUAUUUAUGUCAUUAAAAGGAAAAAUUAUGGAAAUAAAAUUUACAAAAAUGUCCGCAAAAAAUUUUUUUGUCCGAAAAAAAUUUUUGCGGACGUCCGCAAAAAUUGUCCGCAAGAAAUUAUUUUCAAAUUUUUUGAAUUUUCUUAAGUUCACAAUUAAGUCUCUCCCUCUUCUCCAUAAAUUUUUAAAAACUGGAUUCUUUUCCUUAAACCGAUCUUUCAAUAAUUAACUCAAAAAUCAAUUAAAAAUGUACUACUAUUAAGAAUAAAAUAAAUUAAAUAAUAAAUAGAAAACUAGAUAAAAUGAGAAAACGAGAACAAAAAAAAUAAAUUGGUUAGAAAAUUGGGUAGAUAGUUGAUUAGGAGAGGUGGGGGGAGUAAAUGGAGGCGGGGAGAGGAGGAGGGUUGAUUAGGGGAUGUGGGGAAGAGAAUAGAGGAGGGGAGAGGUGGGUUGAUUAGGUGAGGUGGUGGAGGGGAGAAUGGAAGGUGGAAGGGGUGUGGGAGAGUAGAAGGGAGACGGACAUUUGU